AUGCUCCCUUCAACCUGCCUGUUUCCUGUGGUUGUGGCCGCUGUGCUGUGGGGAGCAGCUCCCAUCUGGGGGCUCAUUCGAGCGACUUUGGACCACACUGCCAGCAUGGACUUUGCAGACCUCCCAGCUCUCUUUGGGCCCACCCUCAGGCAGGAAGGACUUCGGGGGUUCCUUGUGGAGGCUCACCCAGCCAAUGCCUGCAGCCCAAUUGCCCCACCACCCCUAGCCCUGGACAACGGGUCUGCCUUUAUUGCCCUGCUGCGAAGAUUCGACUGCACCUUUGACCUCAAGGUCCUAAAUGCUCAGAGGGCCGGGUAUAAUGCCGCUGUGGUACACAAUGUGAAUUCCAAUCAACUGCUGAACAUGAUGUGGAAUAGUGCGGCAAUCCGGCAGCAGAUCUGGAUUCCGUCUGUGUUUACUGGGGAGAGGAGCUCUGCGUACCUGCGUGCUCUUUUUCUCUACCAGAAGGGGGCUCAGGUGCUCCUGGUCCCAGACGACAGCUUCUUGGGCUAUUACCUCAUUCCUUUAGCAGGGAUUGGAGGACUGCUGAUUUUGGCAGGGACAAUGAUGAUAGUUCGUUGUAUCCAGGACCAGAAACAGCUCCAGCGCAAUCGACUGACCACAGAGCAGCUGAAGCAGAUUCCGACACUUGACUAUCAGACUGGAGACAAACCUGAUGUCUGUGCUAUCUGCUUGGAUGAAUACGUGGAUGGGGACAAGCUGAGGGUACUUCCCUGUGCUCAUGCCUAUCACAGCCGCUGUGUGGACCCCUGGCUCACUCGGACCCGGAAGACCUGUCCCAUCUGCAAGCAGCCUGUUCAUCGGAGUCGUGGGAAGGAGCAUCAGGAGGGAGAAACUCCGGGCCAGGCAGGUGAUGAGGAAGGGGAGCCAAGGGUCCACCACGCUCCCUCAGAACGGACCCCACUUCUGGGCUCCGACUUCUCACUUCCCACAUCCUUUGGCUCUCUAGAUCCAGCCCCCGUUAUUUUCCCUGGGCCUUCAACAGAUCCUUCACCUUCUCCAAUCCCCUCUUCCUCUUCAGCUGCCUCCCUCGUCUGA